GAGAGAGAGAGAGAGAGAGAUAUCCUGCAGCAUCCACACCCACCCCGCACGAGCUCCACACUGUCUGUCACACACACGCCUCACGCGCACCGCAGCUCUCCCGAUACCCAUAAUUCCACACUGCCCAAGAUCUCACUGUAGCCAUGGAGCUGGAUUUCGGACAUUUUGACGAGCGAGACAAGUCGUGCCGCAGGAAGCCGGAGAAGAACGGCCUGCCGAGUCCAACGCACAGCGCGCACUGCAGCUUCUACCGCACACGCACACUGCAGGCGCUGUCCAACGAGAAGAAGGCCAAGAAGGUCCGCUUCUACCGCAACGGCGACCGCUACUUCCGCGGCAUUGUCUACGCCGUGGCCAAUGAGCGCUUCCGCACCUUCGACGCACUGCUGGAGGACCUGACACGCUCGCUGUCCGACAACAUCAACCUGCCGCACGGCGUCCGCUUCAUCUUCAGCAUCGACGGCACGCGUAAAAUCAGCAGCCUCGACCAGCUGGAGGAAGGUGAGAGCUAUGUGUGUGCCUCAGAGAACUACUACAAGAAAGUGGACUACACGAAGAAUGUGAACCCGAAUUGGUCGGUGAAUGUGAAGGCGAGUGCGAUCCAGAAGAAUGCAGCGAGCCGCCUGGCGAGUGAAGUGCGCGAGAACAAGGACUUUGUGCGGCCCAAGCUGGUGACGGUGAUGCGCAGUGGCGUGAAGCCCAGGAAGGCUGUGAGGGUUCUGCUGAACAAAAAAACCGCACACUCGUUCGAACAGGUUCUGACUGACAUCACUGAGGCCAUCAAACUGGAGAGUGGUGCUGUCAAGAGGAUCUACACACUGGAUGGGAAACAGGUCACUUGUCUGCAGGAUUUCUUUGGAGAUGAUGAUGUGUUUAUUGCUUGUGGACCGGAGAAGUUCCGUUAUGCACAGGAUGACUUCUCCCUGGAUGAGAACGAGUGUCGGGUGAUGAAGACUCCUAAAGGUCAGAAAGGUUCGGCUAAAAGUCCCGGUCCUGUUCGCCGCAGCAAAUCUCCUGCUGAGUCCACUAAUGGUACUGGCUCCAGCAGUCAGUUGUCCACUCCAAUCUCAAAACAGUCACCAAUUUCCACCCCAACCAGCCCCGGAAACACCCGCAAACAAAAGGAUCUGUAUCUGCCGCUCUCCCUGGAAGACGACAACGAAUCACUGGGAGAAUCCAUGUAAACUCCGCCCACCCGUCAAUUAACUCGUGCUGCAGAUCACAGAGGGAUCUGUGGUGUUCUUUGUCGCCCCCUGGUGGUGUGGAGGAGCAGUGUUUCUUUAUCGCUGCAGCACCGUCCAGUUUUCAAACAGUUUUCUUUUGUUUCUGUGCUUUUAAUUUUUUUUUGCUGCUUGUGAAUUCGUCAGGUCCAUUUACAGCACCUUUCUUCAAGUUUUUUUGUAAUAAUAUUUUUAAAGUAAUGUUCUGUAUAUGCAGGGCGUAUACACGGCGAUCACGAACGAGUUGAACACCUGGGUUUCUACGCAAUUUGAAUCCUUUUUGUGCAUUUUUGAAGUGAAUUUUCUUUUUUAAAAAAAUAGAAGAAAAAUCCCUGAUAUCAAAUGUACAGUUUGUAGUUAUGAGUGCAUUUCAUAUCAGCAUGUAGAUUUUUAAUUUUUUUUGCUUAACUGUUUGAUUUGUCACUUUAACAUUAAAAAAAAAACAACAACAACAACAUUCUUUCAGAGCUUGGUUCUGCGAAUUCCAAGCAGCAAACGAAGUUCUAUCAGUCUGACUUGUACAAAAAUACUUUUUAUUAAUCUUUUUUGUAACUCUCGCUCUGUUUAAUAACUCGUUGUGCUUUUAAAACAAAUCGAAGGCAGUUUUUGUUUCAGUCCUGACGAGGCAUGUGCUGAAUUAACAGCAUUUUCAGAUUGCGAUAACAGGGUUACGAUUUUAUCACAGUACUGUAGCUACAUGUAGCUUUUUAUUCCUACGCUGUCGUACACGUGACGUUUGUUUGCUCAGAAUGGCUCUUUAGCUUCUUUCUAAACGUUUAGUGACUGUAACGCUGAGUGGGACGACUAACAUGAGCUAACUGGAUGCUAAUGAGAGGUUUUUUUAACAGAUUUACAAAACGAAGCUCACAAUUUUGACUGUUAAUUAAAACAUGCUCAUGUUUGGAACUGUCUUUUUGAUCACAAUAUUGUUAAAUAUCACAAUAUAUUGUAUAUAAUCGAUCAUCAGCACAUGCCGAGUCCUGACGCACGUCACGCUGAUUCAGCAUUUCAGCGACAUGUUUAUGAAAUCUGAGCUCAUGGGAAAAAGGGAAAAUAGUAAAUGUUUUGAUGUUUAAGUAAACAAACCGAUAAAAAAGAAAGCAAAAAAGGAGAAAAAUAGAAAAAUAAAUACAUAAAUAAAAUAAUAUAAAACUUUCCAACCAAAGCCAUAAGAUUCGGGCCCUUUAGACAAUAAUAAGCACAUUCAUUAAAGCGAAAUAUGAAAACAAAAUUUCACCUUCUUUACAUCUGUGAUGUUUUUUUCUCGAACGAGGGAUUUGUAGUGACGAACUGAAAGCAUGCUGGAGAGGAUUUUUGAGAAGAAAGCCAAAGUGAUUUGAAGGUUUGGAGGAUGGAAGGAUUUUUUUUACAUUCUGGUGGCUGUGUACAUAUCAGCAUGAGUGUCACUCUAGGAUUAGAAACUUGCGUAAAUCUGGAAAAAAAAAGCAACAAAAAAAUUUCUACUUUCUCUAACUGAAAACUUUUGGGAUAAAUGUGUUUUUUUGUUAUAAUGCAUGGUGGUGUGUUCUCUCUUAUGGAGGAAAAAAAUGGGAAUGUCAGUGCUUCUUUGCUGAUGUUAAUAAUCAUGUUGUCUAAAAUAAAUCGUCUAAAAUUCAUUUUACACUUCGAUUCGAUUUGAUUCGGGAGUCUGACGCUAAUCUGAUCUGAUCGUUUCGUUCUGAAAACUGUCCAUAUAAAAAAUAAAAACUUUGACGCUCAUCAUCGUUAUUACUGCUGUUAAUGAUUAAUUAUUAAUUAUUAUAAUCCUUCGUGUUUUUCUCUGACUUUAGGAUCUGACGUGGCCGUGUGAAACUGAGGUCUGAAUUUUGUGAUGAUAAAUCGCUCAGAGUUAACGGACGGUCUUUUUAUAACAGAUUGAGUUCAUGCUUCGUACACACACACACACACACACACACACACACACACACACAAAAUACAAAAAAUCCUCUGCUUCUUGUAUAAAGGUAUGAUGUCAUAACCACUUCCUGUUUCAAUAUCAACUCAAUAAAACGGUAUAAAUGUGCAAAAACCCUUCUCUCGCAGUGUGUAAUGAAACACGCCCGCAGGUUGUUAUUAUGGUUAUUAGGUGUGUGCCGAUACACCGUCUGUGUAUCGCGAUCAUUUUAUAAACUUCAUUUCAUCAGUGUUUUAAUUGUGUGACGUCGUACGACAUCUGCGUGUUCAGCAGAAUUCUAACUUUCACACUGGUUCAAAUGUAGGGCCCUUAAUAGGCAGCUGUCCUUAAGUUACCUUCAUCAAAGGGACUUGAACACUGAACAGAAGUAUCGUCAGCAUCCUGAGUAUCGUUAGUAUCGUGAUGCGGAAGCGAUUAAUCGACACACACCUAAUUAUUCUCAUUAACAUGAGCGUGUGAACCUGUCUCACCUCCUGUGGUGCCUUUCCUCAAUUCUGCUGUUUUUAUCAAUUAAUCAAAGUCUGUAAAUCUGUCUUACACUCAAUCUGUCGAACUCUAUAGCUGUCUCACAUUAUAUCUGUCUCUCUCUCUCUCUCUCUCUCUCUCUCUCACUCUUAAUCUGUCUCACUCUGUCACUAUCUCUCUUUCUGUUUUUUCCUCUUAGGCUGUCUCUCUCUAUAUAUGUCUCACUCUCUAUCUGUCUCACUCCCUAUCCUCUAUGUGUCUCUCUCUCUCUCUCUCUUACUCUCUUUCUGUCUUGCUCUCUAAAGUUGGUUUUGUAGUAUUUUAGGUGAACUUUUCACACAGUGCAGAUUUUUUCUCCUUGUACACACACACACACACACACACUCUCUCUCUCUCUCUCUCUCUCUCUCUCUCUCUCUCUCUCUCUCUGCUCCCUUUGGUUUGGGGUGAAUUUUGAACUUCCUCAAUGAUGAUGAUGAUGAUGAUGAUGAUGUAUUUCCUGCUGUGUCAUCGUGACUUGUUUCGGUGAUGUCAUUCUGUGUAUCAACUUCAACUUUCAAUAAAAAAAUGAGAUGUUAUUCAAA